GAGGACGAGGAGAAUUUGGUCAUUUCGUGCUCGAGAGAUAACCAAUCCGGCAAUCACUAUUUCUCAGCAGCGGUGCUGAUCCAAUACGAAUACGAAGGAAACCUGACUGGAUUUGUAGCCCUCCAUAACAGUGGGAGUAGCGAUUAGCGAAGCGAAGGCGAUAGAGAGAUGGCCCGGUUGUCAUUGCUCUCCGUCUUACUCCUGCUGCUCGCCUGCGCCGCAGCUGGAUCAACCUUCGAGGACUCCAAUCCCAUCCGUUUGGUUUCGGACGGCCUCCACGACAUCGAGGCCCAGGUCCUCCGGAUCAUCGGCCAAACCCGCCAUACCCUCUCCUUUGCCCGCUUCGCUCACAGGUAUGGGAAGCGGUAUGAGACUGUCGACGAGAUGAAGUUCCGGUUCCAGAUCUUCGUCGAUAAUCUGAAGCUCAUUCGAUCGACCAACAGGAAGGGCUUGUCCUACACUCUUGGUGUUAAUCAUUUUGCGGAUUGGACUUGGGAGGAAUUCAAAAACCACAGAUUAGGCGCUGCUCAAAAUUGCUCUGCUACCCUUGAGGGCAACCACAAGUUUACUGAUGACAUUCUUCCUGAGACAAAAGACUGGAGAAAAGAAGGUAUAGUCAGCCCAGUCAAAGAUCAAGGCCACUGUGGAUCCUGCUGGACGUUCAGCACCACUGGGGCUUUGGAGGCAGCUUAUGCUCAGGCAUUUGGAAAGAACAUCUCUCUUUCUGAGCAGCAGCUAGUGGAUUGCGCUGGAGCUUUCAACAACUUUGGUUGUAAUGGCGGGCUGCCAUCCCAAGCCUUUGAAUACAUCAAAUAUAAUGGUGGGCUUGAGACCGAGAAAGCAUAUCCUUACACAGGAAAAGACGAAGUCUGCAAAUUCUCUGCGGAAAAUAUUGCUAUCCGAGUCCUUGACUCUGUCAACAUCACCUUGGAUGCUGAGGAUGAAUUAAAGCAUGCCGUUGCCUUUGUUCGGCCGGUUAGUGUGGCAUUUGAGGUGGUUAGUGGUUUCCGAUUCUACAAGAAAGGUGUUUAUACUAGCGACACUUGUGGCAACACUCCCAUGGAUGUGAACCAUGCUGUCCUUGCAGUUGGGUAUGGAGUGGAAGAUGGUGUCCCAUAUUGGAUCAUCAAAAACUCCUGGGGAGAUAGCUGGGGUGAUCAUGGCUACUUCAAGAUGGAACUGGGGAAGAACCUUUGUGGAAUUGCAACCUGUGCAUCUUAUCCCAUCGUCGCUUAGCAGUUGUAUUGAGAUACCUGGAGGUUGCCAUGGUUAAUGCCGCGUCGCUUACCUUGGAAGUCGUUGUGCGCCGUUAAAGAUGAAGUGUUAUUUUUCGCUUUUAUUGCCUCCUAGUUUAUGUACAAAAUAUUCUUAUAAAGUUGAAAUGGCCUUUGUUAUCGGUGCUGUGUGAUGCUUAGUAAAUGCUUGUAAAUCGUGUAUCAAACGUGGACAUAAACAGAACAUGCUCUCUACAUUUCGAGCACGGACAAGAGAUUUUACAAUGGUUUUAUUGGUUAUCCUC